AGUCUUCUGCCUAGCAGGUGUCAAGUUCCAGUUGGAGAACUGAGUGGAUCUUCCUGUGGAGCCAAAGUCUAAUUCGUCUUGACAAACGCCGAGAUGUCUCAGCAGGGCGCCAAAGGCUUUUCCAAAGGGUCUUCCCAGAGCUCCGCCCCUUGCUCCGCCCCGACUCCGGCCCCUACGUCCUCCUCAUCUUGUUGUGAUGGCGGAUGCUGCAGAGGCUGCGGGGGCGGUUGUGGUGGUGACUCUGGCUGCUGUGGCUCCAGUUCCACCGGCUGCUGCUGCUUUCCCAGGAGACGCCGCCGUCAGCGCACUGGCGGCUGCUGCUGCUGCGGAGGAAGCCAAAGGUCUCAACGCUCCUGCAACAAUCAGAGCUCAGGCUGCUGUUCUGGUGGCUGCUGAGAGCCCACCGAGCUGCUCGCGAACAGCUCUGCUGCUCUCACCCUGUCCUCCAUAGUAGAAACAGGCAGGACCGGACUAGGAGUUUGGUUCUCCCUUAAGCUAACUGCACUUUGAUGUUCAGAAACCUCACUCUGUUCUUAGACCUGUCCUCUAAAGUUGAUUUUCCUCCCAGGGAAUACAAAAGUCAGGGGUGGGACCUUAGACCAUGCUAUGGGCAGGAGGUGUGCACAGUAGUGUUCAAAACAGGCUACUGAUUUGAUUGUUGCCUGGAGACAUCAUAAUAAAGCUUCUACCUCCUAUGAA